UUGAUUUUUCAGCAACACUGAUUCAAGUAGGGAGAGAGGACAUACUGAAAGUAUUCAAGAAAUGAUUGGGCCUUCAUUGGCAUCCGUCCAAAGAAAAGGGACUGAAGAAUUGUACAAGUAAACGCACGGAGCUCUGAAAAUGAAGGCCACAGGGAUCUCAAGAUUAUGCCACCUUCCCACUACCAAACCCUCUCUCUCUUUCAGAUUUUGCUCUAAUUCUAUUAUUCAUCGCACCUCCUUCCACAAUAAUAAGACAAACUUCCCCAAGUUUCUGCUUUCUGCAACUAUGGAAGCUUCCUUCAAGCCCGAGGAGGCUAGGGUUCCUGCAGCGCUUCCCUUGCCUACUACUCCUCUCACCAAGUUCAAGAUUGCUCUUUGCCAGUUAUCUGUAACUACCGACAAAGAGAGAAACAUUGCUCAUGCUCAGGAGGUAAUAGAAGAUGCUGCAGACAAGGGUGCUCAGCUUAUUCUUCUUCCUGAAAUAUGGAAUAGUCCAUAUUCCAAUGACAGUUUUCCUGUAUAUGCAGAGGACAUUGAUGCUGGUGGAGAUGCGUCUCCUUCAACUAGGAUGUUAUCUGAAGUUUCUCGGAGUCUAAAGAUUACAAUUAUUGGUGGCUCUAUACCUGAACGCAGUGGUGAUAAAUUAUAUAACAGUUGUUGUGUCUUUGGCACAGAUGGAAAGCUUUUGGCCAAGCAUAGGAAGAUACAUCUCUUUGACAUUGACAUUCCAGGAAAGAUGACUUUCAAAGAAUCAAUGACCCUAACAGCUGGAACGAGACCUACUAUUGUAGACACGGAGGUUGGACGCAUUGGUAUUGGUAUAUGCUAUGACAUUCGCUUCCAAGAACUGGCUGCUAUCUAUGCUGCUAGAGGUGCUCAUCUGCUUUGUUAUCCUGGUGCCUUUAACAUGACCACCGGUCCACUGCAUUGGGAGUUGUUGCAACGGGCGAGAGAUAUUGAAUCAAAUCACAGAGUAAUCCCCAGUGUUGUGAAAGGCGAUUGCCUCAUCGCCAUUGGUGCGAGGCAAGGCGACUCUUCAUCGCUUAUUAGCUUUGUGGCGAGGCGAUCUUCAAACGGCAACACCAUGGGCUGCAGAUUGCCAGGUACAAUACUGAUACCUAUAUGCUCCAAUUUGUAUAUAGCAACUUGUUCACCCGCCAGAGACAGUGGUUCUAGAUAUGUAGCUUGGGGACACUAUACUCUUGUUGGACCGUUUGGAGAAGUGCUUGUGAAAACAGAACAUGAGGAGACUACACUAAUAGCAGAGAUUGAUUAUUCAGUAAUUGAGCAGAGAAGAACAUACCUUCCAUUUCAAAAACAAAGGCGGGGUGAUUUGUACCAGUUAGUUGAUGUUGACAGAUUGAACUCCACAGGGGCCAACUGAGGUGCAUUCCAUAUUGCACAGGAAUGAAAUAAUCUAGAAUUAAUCGGUGAUGAAGAGAGUGACCCAUUGAAUGCCUAAAAUGGCACGAUUGCAUAUUUGUGCUUACAAUGAUCUCUGCAGUGCUCAAUUAUAUGGCUCAUUUCUCUUCUGAAGUCGUUACUGCCUCCAAAUCACUACCCCUUAGAUUUUGCCUGGACUGAUGCACCAUUGUGAUGUGUGCGAAACUGCAAUAAAGACUCAUUUCUUUUUUGAUUUCUUUUCUAGUUUCUUUCUUUUGAAAAUUGAGAAAUUCCUUGUUCGUCAGCUGGUCCAAUUCUAGUUGGUGCACUGGUUUGCAACUAGGGUGAGCAUGGGUCCUCCCCUCUACCCUUGUCGAAGAUACCAUGCUUUAGUCUCAAGUUUCUUUUUGGUUGGUUUAGUUGAAAUUUGACCUAAGUCAUUAAAGUUUUCCACAGAAUUCACCUAGAUAGUUUAACUACAAUUAGUAUCUAUUGAACACCUAAACUAUUCAAAAUGUGUACUUAAUAAACACACAAAACGUUGAUAUGGCAAAAAAAAAAAUGUGCCUCA